CCCAUUACUAAAGGAAACUCUGGUCAAACUAUUGCAGUCGGAGUUCAGAGCUAUAGAAGCGGUGUAGAAGAGAUACCUGUGAGUUAAACUUCUUUCCGGACUGAAUCAAGAAGGAAGUCGGCACUGGUCAAAAACAAGCAGAAUGCACAUAGCACCGUUUCUACUGUGUGCCCUUGUCUUAACUAAUGGAAGUUUUUCAUUGCCAGUAAAUGAAACAUGCGACGCUUUGGCGAUACGUUGCGAAACACUGCAAAAUAAGCUUGGCGACCUUAACCAGCAGCUUAUGGUGACUGAAUGGCCAAUAACGGAUGACAAGGCUGACCAGACAGCUCAAACCGAGAAAGUGAUUUGUCGCUUCAUGCAGGAAUCCGCGCAGUGUUUAAACGCUUUGACCCAGGAUUGUCCCAGACAGCCACUGUCCGUUUCUGGAAACGACCAGUUCAUGGCCACAUGGCUGACAUUUAACGCCAAGCUCUGCGACUCAGCCGCCCCCGUGCAGAACUAUAUACCGGCUUUGUACUACUGUUACGCGGAGAAUAUCGAUCUUCAAGCACAAAUUCCGAGGCUAAAUCCUCAGUCGACUUAUGUGAAGCAGUCCGUCAAUGCUUCCACCGCUCAAGAAAACGCUUGCAGGGCACUAUCAGACAUCUCGGCACACAUGAAUGGAACUGCGGCAGCCAUUGCAAAAAAGUGCGGUGAGGAAGGCCGGCGAAUUCUGAUGGAUGGAACCGGAUAUCUUCGUGAAACUAAUUGCCCGCGUUAAGGCGUUAUAUUGUUUAUAGCCAUUUCAAUUUGUAGGUUGUAACUGUCAGAAAAUUUUACCAGUUAUUAACGCAUUGCGUCAGUAUCUUCUUUUACUCGCAAGAGAAAUCGUGCAUUUAAUAGGUUGAGAUUCUGUCACGCGAAUGGGAGCGGUUUUCGCCCGACAUGUACACAGUUGUUUUUUUUGUUGUUCUGUUCCCGGUUUCCACGGCAGAUUUGAAAAUUUGUAUUUCCGGUGCCAGUAACAAAACAAUUGGGCGCUGCCAACAUACAAGUAACUCAGCGGCUGCUCGAGCGGCUACGCAUGUGCCAGCUGUGAUGUUGAUCGCAGGCCACUAGACCCAAACUUUUUAAACUAGCCGCUGGCCUCUGACCGCCGUAGGGUUCUA